AUGACAUCACAGACGAUUCAAAGGGUCAGGAGGAUGUACGGAUUAGUCAUCGUUAUGGCGGCGACCGUUCUGGCCGCGCUGGGCCUACAGAGAGAUUUCUUCGAGGGUUGCAGGGAGCCUGAACCGGACGCCGAAACCCCGGAUUGUGUUUAUGUGCCCAGUGAGUGGCUGAAAAGUGAGACGUACCGCUGGUUUGCCCACGCGGCACUUGGAAACUACUCUUAUUACAGCGGCGACUACUACAACACGGUGUUGAACGUCACGCGGGCGGCGAACAAGGAUAUCCCAAUGGGACUCGGCACAGCCGUGGAAUUCACAACAGUCCGGAGCAGCUGCAAGCUGGCCGAUACACCCGUCUACUCGAAGGAGCUCUGUCGACCUACCAGCAACAAGGUAAAUGGUUUGUGUCAAGCCAAGUUCAACGUGUUUCCACCAGUAAGACUUCUGGCGGUGGCCUGUCAACCGCUUGUAGGAGCCUGAAGGACGGCAUCUGACGUCUUCGUUCUUGCGCGCAUUGCAGCGAACAUGUCGAACUUGUGACUACAUCAUUUGCGUCUUUGUUUAUUACCGUGAAGCAUUAU